UUUUCUUAUUGGAUUCAUAAUAAGUUGUCAAUUUUCGUGUGUUAAACUGUGAAUUGAGGUACGUUUGUGCUACGAAAAUAUUUAGUUGAUUUUAUUUCAAAAAAUAAUACAUUGAAGUAUGAUAACGUGUUAAUAUUGAUGGCAAUAUCUCCUAUGUGCUGUGUUUUGUUGUAUAAAUGCAAAGUGAAUUAUAGAGUAUCGAAUAUUUUUAUUUCUUCGCUUAUUGUGUGUAUUUUUGUAACUUGACCUCACUUAUUUUGUGAUAUAGUUAAGAUUCGAACAAAACCUGUAAUAGAUUUAUAACUCAAUUUCACAAAAUGUCAUAGCAAAAAGUGAAAAGUGUAGUGUGCUAGCGUACUAGGAGUACGAUAUGGGGCAAAAUGGGGGCGCCGAUUUUGGUGCGCUCUUACACGGAGCCGGGCGUCAGUUACUAAAUCAAGGGGGGCAGGCUUUGUUAAAUUACGGUGCUCAGGCUAUAGGUAAUAUUAUAAAUGAAGUAUUUCAAAAGAAGGAAGUCGAACAUAAGAGAGUGCUGCCGAGUAUCAAGAACUAUAAAGUGCUCGGUGAAACACGACCAUCGUCAUUUGGUCCAGCAUCGUAUCAAGACUUCAAAGAGAUAAGGUCCCGUUGUUUGGCUGAAGGGAGACUAUUUGAAGAUCCAGAGUUUCCACCAAUUGACCGCAGCUUGUACUUCAAGGAACGUUUGGAUAGACCGAUAACAUGGCUUCGUCCUGGGGAAAUGGUAGAGAAUCCCACGCUGUUUUACGAAGGUUACAGCCGUUUCGACGUCCAACAAGGAGAGUUGGGAGAUUGUUGGCUACUCGCUGCAGUUGCCAACCUUACUCUACACAGAAAACUAUUCUUCCAAGUGGUACCGGAUGAUCAGAGUUUUGAUGAGGAUUAUGCUGGUAUCUUCCAUUUCCGUUUCUGGCAGUACGGCCGUUGGGUGGAUGUCGUCAUCGAUGAUCGCCUUCCAACUUAUAGAGGGAAAUUGGUUUUCUUACAUUCGUCUGAGAGAAGCGAGUUUUGGAGCGCUUUAUUGGAGAAGGCUUAUGCUAAACUGCACGGCUCGUAUGAGGCUCUUAAAGGCGGUUCAACAUGUGAGGCAAUGGAGGACUUUACCGGAGGCGUUACAGAAAUGUAUGAAAUGGCAGAGCUGCCUCCAAAUUUUUACACUAUACUUCUAAAGGCCUACGAGAGAAACUCGCUAAUGGGGUGCAGUAUUGAGCCGGAUCCUGCAGUUCUAGAGGCUGAGACGCCUCAAGGCUUAAUUCGUGGUCACGCGUACUCAGUGACUCGAGUGAAGUAUGUGGAUAUUGAGACACCUGGUCGCGCUGGAAAGAUACCGCUACUGAGAUUGAGGAAUCCCUGGGGAAAUGAGGCUGAGUGGAACGGACCAUGGAGUGACAAGUCUCCGGAAUGGAGGUUCAUACCGGAGUCAGAAAAAGAGGAAUUGGGUUUGACAUUCGAUGAUGACGGAGAGUUUUGGAUGUCUUUCAAGGAUUUCACUACCCACUUUGACCGAGUUGAAAUAUGUAACUUAAACCCCGACUCCUUGGAUCCCGAGGAGUGUCCAGAAGGAUGUACCAAGAAAUGGGAAAUGUCCGUCUUUGAAGGAGAGUGGGUUACCGGCGUAACUGCUGGUGGUUGCAGAAACUUUCUGGAAACAUUCUGGAAAAAUCCACAGUACACCGUUACAUUAAAGGACCCUGAUGAGGGUGAUUCGGAGAACAAGUGUACUAUAAUUGUAGCGCUGAUGCAAAAGAACCGUCGGUCUAAGCGUCACCAGGGUCUGGAGUGUCUCACCAUAGGUUUUGCUGUUUACCGUCUACCGGACUACGGUCAUGUACCCAAACCAUUGGAUAUUAACUUCUUCAAGUAUAAUGCUUCUGUGGGUCGGUCUCAGGCCUUCAUUAAUUUGAGGGAAGUUAGCGCUCGCUUCAAGUUUGAGCCCGGAACCUACGUAAUAGUGCCUUCAACCUUCGAACCCGAUGAGGAAGGCGAGUUUCUCCUACGUGUCUUCUCUGAGAAGAGUAAUAACAUGGCCGAAAAUGAUGAAGAAGUUGGUAUGAGCGACGUUGAUGAUAGGGUAAAAGAAAUAACACCGAACCCAGAACCAGAAGACCCAGUACGUAACUUCUUCAACCGUUUGGCCGGUGAUGAUGGAGAAGUAGACUGGCAAGAAUUGAAAGAGAUACUCGACUACGCCAUGAGAGAGGAACUAAAAGGUCAAGGAUUCUCAAAAGACGUAUGCAGAAGUAUGGUAGCCAUGCUUGACAAAGAUAACUCGGGUGGACUCGGUUUUGAAGAAUUCAAGUCUUUGUGGAUUGAUCUGAGACAGUGGAGGGCGGUGUUCCGGCUGUACGACACGGAGCGCCGCGGCGCCAUCCCCCCGCAACACCUGCGGGACGCGCUGCACUCCGCCGGCUACACCGUCAACGCGCACGUGCUCAACGUUCUGGCGCACCGAUACGGCUCAACCGAUGGUUACAUACAGUUCGACGAUUUCAUAAUGUGUGCUGUGCGACUUAAGACCAUGAUCGAUACCUUUAAAGGGAGGUCGUCAGGAGGCGAAUAUGCGACAUUUUCCCUCGAUGAAUGGCUAAAUCGCACAGUAUACGCCUAAACAAGAUGCCUUAUUAUAAUAAAUUAAGAGUUAAGGCCUUCACACUUAAUUGCCAAAUGUUAUCGUCACAAGUUGUAUUUAUUUUAGUGUCAUUUAAAAAUCUCUAUUUACGGGUACUUUGACAUUUUUUUUUUUUAUAACAAUAAAACGUCCUCAUAAAAUAUUAAUAUGUGUAAAUAAAAUAGCAGUAUUUUCGUAUCCACCGAUUUUUCAUUCCAGUAAAUGAACGGUUUUAGACAGAAAAUAGUUUUCAAGUUAGUCAGUCAAUAGUUGCUGUGCGAUAAGCCUGAGAAGCUUACAUUGUGUAUACAGUUUAUGAAAAUAAAUAAUAUUUAUUAAAAAUCAAGUAAAUUUUGUUAAAUAUUGUGCACCGAGUUGCCACAAUAAUGCAUUUUUGUUGCAAGUUAUUUAUAUGACAAUUUUUUUAUGACUAUUUGUAUUUUUUAUUUUAUCUGAGAUCUGAAUAAAUAUAUUAUAUUUCA